GUAGCAAAAUCCAAUGCUGCAAAAAAAAUCCAGAUUGGAUUUCAUCGUUGUUGGAAGAAGGCAACAGCAAGUAGAAGUACUUAGCUACCAGUAGAGUAGCAAGUCCACACGGAGCCAUGCCCCGCGAGAUCAUUACCCUACAGGUGGGCCAAUGUGGCAACCAAAUAGGAGGUGAAUUCUGGAAGCAACUCUGCUUGGAACAUGGCAUUACCCCUGAUGGUACUCUACUAGAACCACCGGAUGGAGUGCCGCUCGAUGAUCGCAAGGAUGUCUUUUUUUACCAGAGCGAUGACGAGCAUUUUAUUCCGCGGGCUCUGUUGAUUGAUUUGGAACCACGCGUGGUGAACAAACUGGCUCAUGUGGGUCCUUAUCAUGCCCUGUUUAAUCCGGAAAAUUUAUUUGUGGCAAAAGAUGGCGGUGGCGCGGGUAACAAUUGGGCUUCUGGAUUCCGUCAAGGCGAAGAACAUCAUGAAGUAGUACUGGAUAUGCUGGACCGAGAAUCGGAUAAUAGCGACAGUCUGGAGGGGUUUACGAUGUGUCAUUCCAUUGCCGGAGGGACAGGCAGUGGAAUGGGAUCCUAUCUCUUGGAACGACUCAAUGAUCAUUAUCCCAAAAAGUUGGUGCAGACGUAUUCCGUCUUUCCCUCGUGGGCCGAUCAAUCCGAUGUCGUCGUACAACCCUACAAUUCCAUCCUCAGUAUGAAACGGCUCAUUCUGAAUGCCGAUGCUGUCGUGGUCUUGGAUAAUACAGCCUUGAAUCGAAUUGCCGUGGAUCGAUUGCGUAUUGAAAAUCCAUCGGUCGAUCAUCUAAAUUCACUGGUGGCUACCAUCAUGGCGGCAUCCACCACUACACUACGAUACCCGGGGUACAUGAACAAUGAUUGGAUUGGAUUAUUGGCGUCACUCAUUCCCACUCCAAGAUGUCACUUCUUAAUGACCGGAUAUACCCCCCUCACGUUGAACCCAACCACGACAAGCUCGAUUUCGCCAUUUGGAGAGGGAUAUUAUGGGAGAGGGGCCGGUGGUGGAGAUGCCAACAGCACCAAGACUGUACCUACCAGCAAUUCUUCCUCUGAAAAGCAACAACAACAGAAACAAUCCGCACAACAGCAGCAUUCCGAAGUACUAGGACGGACCAAAACUACUGUAUUAGAUGUCAUGCGCCGACUCACACAGCCCAAGAAUAUUAUGGUGUCGGCCAAUACUCGGUCCGCUACGGGUUGCUAUAUUUCCAUUCUCAACAUUCUUCAGGGUGACACGGAUCCCACUCAAAUUCACAAGGCAUUGCAGCGGAUUCGAGAACGACAAUUGUUGCAAUUCAUUCCCUGGGGACCGGCCAGUAUUCAAGUGGCACUGGCACGCAAAUCGCCCUAUUUGGAAUCCCCGCACAAGGUAAGUGGCUUUUUAUUGGCCAAUCACACCUCCAUGGCGGAAUUGAUGGAUCGACUGUUGCAUCAAUACGAUCGCAUCAAGAGUCGCAAUGCAUUUUUGGACAAUUAUCGACGAGAACCCAUGUUUCAAGAUUCACUCGAUGAAUUUGAUCAUGCACGAGAGACGGUGGUGGAUCUGAUGGAAGAGUAUAGAGCAUGUGAACGGCCGGAUUACGUCGAGUAUGGAAUGAUGGCGGCCAAUGAUACUAGUCGAAUGCCAGGUGAGCAAUCACAGUCAUCAACGGCGGGUGGCAGUCUGGCGAAUAGGGGUGACCUCAUGAUGGGGACACCGGUUUCGGGGUCCCAUGGAAUGCGAUAGAGUAUUAUUAAAAGAAAAAGAAUUUCUAUCGACGAACUUUUAGGUCUAUCUUCUAUCGACGAACUUGUAGGUCUAUCUACUAGGACGUUCGGCCAUAAAAGUAGCUUUCGACGGGCGUUUCCCUCAAGUUCCCAAUAAACUAUCGUCCUCAUCAAAUUUUCAGAGUCCUAA